AUUCAUACCAUGUGUAUAAAUUUAAUGAUUUGCAAUGGUAUUUAUUAUGAUAGAUUAACCUCGAUUAUAUAAUUACUUUUAUUAUAGCUCUCAUUUAUAACCGUUGUUAUUCUAAAUGAUUAUAUUUAGCAGCUCUGCUUAUAGGAGAGUUAAAUGACUAAAAACUUUCGAUGUGGGACUAAAAAAACAAACUUGUGGCGAGUUAUCUUUCCCGGCUCAAAAGUACGUGUUCGUCUUUCUCGGAUUUGAAAUCAUGAGCGUCGCCUCCGGCCAAGCUCUCCACGCUGCCCUCCUCCGCCUCCUCCGCCGCCCGCGGUCUUCUCGCCGUUGCUUCCAACGGAUUCACGCCCUCCUCCUCACCUCCGGCCUCACGGUUGACUCGUUCGCCGCUGCUGACCUCGCCGCGCUCCUCCCCGCCUGCCUCCCUCCCCCCGCCGCCUUCGCCACCAUCAACCAUAUCCACCGCAUCCGCCGCUACCGCUUCCCGCUCCUCUUCAACUCGCUCAUCUCCGGCUACGCCCGGAGCGACCGCCCCAACCUCGGGAUCGCCGUCUACAAGACCAUGCUGGCCGACGGCAUUUUCCCCGAUCACUACACCUUCCCCGUCGUCCUGAAAUCUUGCAUCGAGUUUUCCGGUGUCGCCGAAGCCAAGCAGAUCCAUGGAGCCUCGGUUAAACUCUGCUUCGCCUCCGAUCUGUUCGUCCAGAAUGCGCUCGUCCAUGUCUAUGCAAUUUGCAGGGAGUACGAUGAUGCACGGGUUUUGUUCGACGAAAUGCCCCUCAGAGAUGUUGUAUCCUGGACAGGCUUGAUCUCCGCCUAUGUAAAAGGCGGGCUGUACAGAGAGGCGUUGCAACUCUUUUCCUCCAUGGAUGUUGCGCGGAACGCAGCGACUUUCGUUAGCAUCCUCGUCGCUUGCGGGAGAUUUGGGGACCUGAACGGGGGUCAGAUGGUACAUGCACUGGUGUUGAAGCAUGAAUGCGGGUUAAAUUUGGUUGCUGGAAAUGCACUCCUGGAUAUGUAUUUGAAGUGCGAAAGUUUAGCCGAAGCCAAACAGAUCUUCGAUGAGCUUCCCGAGCGAGACAUAGUAUCGUGGACAAGCUUCAUCAGCGGUUUAGUGCAAUGCAAGCAGCCCGAGCAAGCGAUUGAUAUGUUUGCUUCAAUGCGGGCCUCUGGAGUCGAACCAGAUAAUGUCACUUUAUCGAGUGUUCUAUCAGCUUGUGCGAGUUUGGGAUCAUUGUGUUCCGGAAGAUGGGUGCAUGAGUAUAUACAUCGGAAUGGCAUUAAAUGGGAUGUUCAUCUAGGGACUGCAUUGGUUGACAUGUAUGCGAAGUGUGGAUGCCUGGAUAUCGCAUUGAAUACCUUUUCUGAAAUGCCCUUCAAGAAUGUUUCUUCGUGGAACGCAGUGAUCGGUGCUCUAGCUAUGCAUGGGCAUGGUAGAGAAGCUCUUGGCUAUUUUGAGCAGAUGGUAGGAAUUGGCAUGAAUCCAAAUGAGGUGACCUUCUUAGCCAUUUUAAGUGCUUGCUCUCAUUCUGGAUUGGUAGAAGAAGGCCGUUGUUCGUUUAAUCUUAUGACCGAGUCCUACAAUCUUCCUCCAUGGAUAGAACACUAUGGUUGCAUGGUCGAUUUGCUUGGAAGAACAGGGCUACUCGAGGAGGCUUACAAACUUAUUCAAACCAUGCCAAUGAGACCAGACGUGCAUAUCUGGGGAGCUUUAUUGGGUGCUUGUAAAGCUCAUGGAAAUCAAGAUCUUCUGCAAGAGAUUCUAAACCAUCUUCUCAAGCUGGAGCCACAUGAAACUGGGGUAUACGUGCUCUUAUCGAACGCAUAUGCUGCAAGAGGUAGAUGGGCAGAUGUAACAAGAGUGAGAAAACUAAUGAGGCAGAAGGGUAUAAAGAAAGAAACAGGAAUCAGUAUCGUGGAGGUUGAUGGUGAAGCCCACAAGUUUGUAGUUGGAGAGUUACAAAACCUACAGGAGGACAUUUUGGUAGCUUCAUAUACUCUGGAUAAACUAUUACAACUUGAUGAUCUAUAGCCUUUAGUUAUAACUUAUGAUGAAGGGCAAUUCUCGUCUCCAAAUUCCAUUCCAUUAGAUUGAAAAUUUCAUUGAACAUUCCCCUGGAGGCUGAACAGGAUAGAAAAAGAUGUCACUGCAGCAGAGGCCUUGUUAAUCGAAAGGUUUGAGUAUUUGCAACAUACUAACAUUGUAGGUUAGUAAGUAGGGAUGGUUCUUUUAUGCUAUUAUAUCUACUACCAUCAUACUAAUUCUAAAGGUAGGUAGUACCAGCACAAUCCACUCAAAAUUAUCUUCAGACUGGAAGAACUGCACUUUGCUCA